GAAACCUCACUUAAGGAAAGUGGAACCAACCCACCGUUUUCUUUGCAGAAGUCAAAAAGAAAACAAUGAUGGUAAAAAAAGAAGGGGGAACUUGAGAAAUACAACCACCUUACCGAUUUGUGAGGUUCUCUGUGAUAUGCAACUUCCUCUGAGAGAAUAAAGAUAAUACAGCUGAAUAUAUCUUCAUAAGAUACUCUAUGAAGAACAGAGUUACAAGAAGAAGUGUAUAAGAAAACAACAAAAUGAAGAAAAACUCAACCUACAGAUUUUCCGUCCAAGCCCAUUAUUUGCCAGAGGAGGUCAACUUCUGGACGAUGGCGAUCGUGGCGGUGGGCACGGGCUUCAUCCUCAUCGUCGCCGUCUCCAUCUACCUCAUCUGCCAGACGCGUUUGGAGCGACCCCUAGCUGUUCGACGCCCGCGGACGGUGAGGCACAUCAGCCAAGGUCCUGACGCCCUGCCGCUCGCUCACGCCCACACGUUUGACGAUGCGGGCGCCCCUCGACACUGCUUCCACCCACCGAUGUCCCCUCUCCAGCGCCUCGAAGAACGGGAUUAGAAGAAAGUAAUAAUGAUGAAAAUAAAGGAGAAAAGAAAAGAAAUAAUGG